CUGUUCCCUCCCACACAGAACAUUACUCAUUCUAUGAAAUAUUUACUCAUUUGGGAUGUAUGUACACUUUUUAAUGUGAAGUUGGAAACGAAGCAUUCCUAUUCAGCUCUGUCCUACAGAGCUAGUGAAGAGUACCGUGCCUUAGAAUCUGUAAUGAAACCCUCUUCCCUUUCUGUGGGAAACUUGAAGUGACAUGAAGGAUAUUUAAUAGUCUUCUUAGGCCUCAUUUUUCCUGAUCCAUUUAGUGCACCUUUGACUGUGGUCAUAGUGAUGUCUUAAUAAUUUCUUGCCUAAGAAGGCCUUUCUUCUUCAGAGUUUUCCACCAGAAUAGUUGCUCUUAAAUCAACCGAAUUGCAUUACCCGUCAUCUUUAUGGAAGACGAAAAUGAGCAGCUUUCAAAUUUUGAUGAUACAAAAUACAGAUUUCUUAAUGUGUAAACAAGAUUUUUUUAACAUUUUCAUUUGCACAGUCUUCGCACAUCCGAAGCUGAAUGUUGUUGAAGCAAGUGAAGGAAUUGAUUUAGUAUAGUGCAUAUACUUUUUCCACUCCUUUGUCUGAAUUUAUUUAAACGCAGCAUUUAUUCAGUUUCCUUCACUGCUGAUGUUCGUGGUGGUAAAUCUUGUUACGCAAAUUGCGCUAAUGGGCUUGUAAUUGAGACAUGCAUACUGUAGCACUGUGCAAACCGUUUAGAGGAAAAUAUCAUGAGAAGGCUACUCAGAUGCUCUGCCAUUUACUUAUGAAUGUGUUUUAUGCAUUUUAGCCAUUUUUGUUUCUUGGAAUACUAAGCCUUCAUUUCUCUUGUAAGAUUAUAUAUUUUGUACAUUUGCAAGAUUUUAAAAAUGAAAGGUUAUACACAAAUGCAAUGUCCCACAGUCCUAACAUCUGAGAACCCUUAAAUCCCUUUAGUUUUACACAUAUAUUCAGAGAGGCACUUGAGAAAUGCAGCCCCAAGUUAAAGGUAAGCAUUAGAAAGAUAACAGGGUUUUGAUUUGAUCUAGAUGUCAGGAUGUAUCAUGAAGGUGAAAGGGUCUGCACUGAUGCAGUUUAAUUUCAGUGGGAAAUGUUGCUGGAAUCCAGUAAUGGUGAAUGGGAGGGGUCCUGAAAAUCAUAGUAUCUUAAGACUUGUCGAUCUGCCAGUACAUUCCUAGAGCUCCAUACUCUUUGACUUCAUAUACUCUGGAAGUAAUGAGGAGAGGGAAAAGGGGAUGUGGCAUUUUAUACAGGGAUUUCAUAGCCUCUUAUUUUGAUUUUAUUAUGUCUCCAUAAUGCUAUGUUAUCUAUACAUCCACUUUUAACGUUUAGUAGUAUAUGGCUAAACGUUUACAUUUAAACUUCGCAUUCUCUGCAAAAUUAUACACAUGGGAUAAAUCACAAUUAUUGUCUCUAAUGUCGAUUUGUUCUGGAAGAUAAUUGCAUUUUUGUUGAGUAAUAUAUUAUUUGAAACCACAUCUAUUAAUUGUAUUUGGGCAAACGCAAUCCAUCCUCUGGAAAAUCCGGACCGGGAUUUCGACCAACCUCCUACCUCCCUUUCACCUAAAUACUGAUUUUUUUUUUUCUGAGAGAGAGGGGAAAAGAGGGGGAGAUAUACAGUACAAUGAUCGCAGCAUUUGGAAAUGAAACCCCUGAAGCCGGCUACCCCCAACCAAAAACGGUGAUCAAACCCGAGGGAAAAAAAUCCCCGGAAAACGAGUCGCUGUUCGUUCGAACCGCCUCAUUUAGAAGAAAUUCACAGACUUCCACGGGCAGCGGCAACCCGGAGGACAGCAGCACCAAGCCCCUCGUUUCUACGGCAGCUGCUGCAGCUGCAUACAUCAUGACAGCUGGUGAAUUUCUGCAAACCGCUCCCCUGUUCGUCCGCAGAUCCAAGAGAAACCUGUUUUAUAAGAUCCUGUGCUUUCUGAUCCUCUUAUUCCAGGGUGGUAUCCUAGAUUUCUACCUAAUUGUGUUUACCGAUCUCUACUGGUGCUCAUGGAUCGCUACCGACCUAGUGGUGAUGACGGGCUGGGGGAUUUUCUUCUUGAAGAACGCCAGAAGCAAACGCGAGCGCGCCUGUAACUUCCAGCACCAAAAGGGCUCUUUUUAUGGCUGCAACCUCGGAGAAUUUACCUUUGCCUACCUGGCGUGGCUCAUUUAUGUGAUUGCCUGCACGCCGAAAGUGGUUCUGAUUUUGGAGACUUCCAUCCUGGAUUUGAUCGAGCUGAAAGUGCCGCUAGGAAUCACGGGUUUUAAAGUCAUUAUGAUGCUCUCGGUGCCUCUACUCUACUGCCUGAUCAAUGCAAUCAUCGAGGAUUUAGCCGGAGCGACCUACUACCAUUCUCAGAGCUGCUUCGUUGCCUCUUCCUUAGAUUUGGUGGAUAGUUUCACUUUGAUAGAGAUGCUCCUGAUGAACGAAAUCCCGACUAUUUACCUUAAGUAUACCGUGAUCGCCGUGUAUUUUCUUGUUCUGAGCAUCCCUAUUCUUUGGCUUUACGAGCUGAACUCCUCGCAGCUACACUGCAAGUGGAUCUGGGCACGAUUCUUCUCCGGUGUGUUGGUCAAUGUCCCGUUGCUGGUUGUCAGGUGUUUCCUGGUAUACUCGUACCAGAUGCCGAUCUCCGUAUUCAUGUUCAAGAACAUGUUUUUCUUAGGUUGCAGGUGUCUGGAAUUAGUGGAGCAAUGCGUCAGCGUAAAUGGGGUGAGGAGAUUCAGCAGUAACCCAGUGCAGUUUUCUCACUGCGUCUCCGAAAACGACAUGUGUCCUCAUGGGUAUGUCAACACUUUGGCUGUCACGACUCAGAACUGAGCAACGUGUCACUCAAAGCAGGAAUCCACUCUUGUGACACUGACGCACAGGACCACUCGGGCGUUGAUAAAGCCUUAAUCUUCGUAUUUCCAGUCUAUACCGUUUCAACAGGUGCUACAGAAAACCUCUACAACAGGGCACACCUCCAAGGACGGUCGGGUAAAGCGAAACACACAUGCCGAGGGCCAGACCAACCGGAUGAACAGGCUUUCAAUACGAGGGUCCUUCGUUGUUUUUAUUGUACAAUUUAUUAAUUAAUUUCUGAGUUUACACUUGUACAGUUCGUUGCACUUUAACAGUUUUUAAUGCGUUUCCAUUUAGCCAACGCGAGGAAUAUGAUAUUAAGUGCAAUAUAGAUGAAAAAGUAGUUGUCCUUUAAAAUGGUGUUAAAAGUAUGAAUUUUGCAUUGGUGAAGUGUGGUACCGUGUGUGAUUGUAUCGUCACGCACUAUUUUUAACUUCAAAGAUUAGUAACGUUUUGCGUAAUUCAAGUACUGUAUGCAUGUUCACAAAUUAGAGAUCUCGAAUGAACUGUGCACAGGGUCAGAUUUGUUGUGCAGGGGAUAUAACAUUGAUUGCAACACUGUAUUCAUUAGAUAUACUCUAAAUUGCAUAGAAGAACUGGCCAGGAGUGCAACAAACCAUAAUUUAUAGUGCGUUGCUCAAUCGGCAAAACUUUAAGUUGCAACAAUAAUAAAUUGCAAUGAGUAGAAAUAAAAGACUGAACCAAUUUUGGUUUUGAAAUAUAGACUUUUUAAAAAGUCGCAGCAGGGGGAUUUUUAAUCGUCUUAUAAGUACAAUACAAAUAUUUAACAACACUGACAGUGGCCGCUACGUUUUAAGGAUAAAAAAACCCAAUGCUAUUUAAUUUGCACCUAAACACCUUAACACGCAGGCGUAACUCGCCCAAAGCUUUCGAUACAACCGGUUUUGUUGGGAAAAGCCUGCUUUUUGCUUGUUGGUUACACACGAACAAAAAUAUUAGCGGUAAAGAUUUUGGUUUAAGAGUUUUCUAUAAUUUCUAGCAUUGUCCACCUUUCAUUACUGAACUAUAUCAUUCACGUACAUUUUUAGUGUACACAUUUCUAAUAGCUUUAAGUUUUGUUUAGUGUUAAUCAACCGCUUCAGGGGUUAAUUGUACACUGACAUCUAAUCAUAUCGUAUUUUGAAAGACAGUCUGUACCUAAUAGUCACAAUGUCUGUCACCGGAAGAGAACAAAGUUCCGGUGAUUUUAUCUUCUACAUAUUAAUUUAACCAAAUUUGUUUUGCUAAAUAAUUACAAUUUAAUUAACAGUCCUUUGCAUCAGCAGUUUGCCUUUUAUUCUGUGAAAUGUAACCCCUUUCUCUAAUGCAUAUUGGUGUGAUGAGCUGUUGAUGUGCUCAACAUGCGAUGUCAUCUACUCUCGCACAAGAAAGGGAGCUGAUAAGAUCAAAUGCUAUAGCUUAUCACUGCAAGAAGAAUUGACUUUCCGAAUUUAACUUUAUAAACAGCACCUAAAAUAUGUGGGCCAUUAACUUGAAAUCACUUUCGUAAUUGGAUCAUGUGUCAUUCAUCACUCCUCAAAUCCAAUGGGAUUUUCUAGGUUGAGGCCCAGUUUAAUGUGAAUGCUUCUACAUUUACAGUCUGUUAAAGACUGUUGAAGGCCUAGAGGGAGUGCAGUGUUGGAUUUGUAAAAUAUCAUUACUCUAACCUUUGGAAAUAAAGGAUGUAUGAAACAAUAUGAGGAGUCCUUGCCUAAUAAUAUAGACAUUCUACUAAUCUCUCAAAAAUAAUCACUAUUAAAGGCUAUGCUGUUGACCUCUUAUGCAUAUGUCAAGUAAAUCAGAAUACAAAAGGUUCAGAUAAUCUAUGUGAAAAACAUAAAGCUAAUAUUUGUCAUUAGUGUUCUAAAGAAAUGUGUAUACAGAAAAAUACUGACAUACCCAUACAAAAUAUCAGUUGUUUCACAGAAACAAUGCUUGACAAACCUUGACAUUGGCUGGCAUGGUGGCACGGUGUUUAGCACUGUUGCCUUACAUCUCUAGUGUCCUGGCUUCGAUUCCACUCAGCACCUUCUGCAUGGUGUUUGCAUGCUAUCCCCAUGUUCACAUGGGUUUUCAUCAGUUGCUCUGUAUUUUUCCCUCAGCUUCCAAAGACGUGAUGGCUAGACUGUGACACAGACUUAUGUUAAUGUCUGUGUGCCCUGCAAUGGGCCGGCGUCCCAUCCAAAGCGUAGUUUUGUCUUGUGCCCUGUUUUUCCAGGCUAGGCCCAAGUUUGCCGUGACCCUUACCAGGAAUCAAUAGUUUUCUGAUAAUGGGUGUAUGGACAGCUUGGUUUUGAUACAUCACACCAUCCAAAAUGUUUUCAGCAGCACAUUGCUGAAUAUGUUUUUGUUUCUGUGUAUUGUUUAAUUUUUCAUCUGACUUGUCUACCUCUGACGACCUUAUGUUUUAGAUCAAUGUUCGUAUAAUUUGACAUGAAAUAUAUGUAAAAAUGAUUGGUGUGUAGUUUCCUGGAUAGAAGAUGUUUUUCCUUUUGUAGGUGGGCAUACCCUUUGCCAUUUAUUUUAAUCUGUGAAAAAAAAACCUUGUCCUAAGUGCCUGCUGAAAACCCCUGGGUGACAGGACAUACUGUAUACAGUACUUGAAUAUAACUGGGAAAUAUCUACAGGCUGAUUGACUGUUGGUUUGUGAAUCCUAGCACGUGGAAUGCUCACAUCUCAGCUGUAACAAGAUCACUCAAAACUGAACACUGUCCAUCAUCAGCAUAAGACGUGCUGUCUGCAUGCUCUUUUGGUGAAUCCAUUUCUGAAAUACUCAUUGAAUAUUUCACUAUCAUUUUCAUCUUCUACCAUUAACUCACAGCUAUGAUUGAUGUUUCACUUCUACCUUUACUGGUCUUUUAGUGUUAUAGUAUGCGGGACAAAACAAAGGUAUUUUUUAAAAGAUAUAUUGAUUACAGAACUGCACUAAAAGCAGAGGUAUACAGUAUUCUUUGUGUGUUCCCUUCUA